AUGGCUAACGUGUGCGAACCCUUGAAGAGCAUAGUCAACUUUCGUGAUGUUGGCAAAUUCGUCAACAAUGCAACAGGAGCUACACGCCUGAAUUGUGGCUUGCUAUACAGGAGUGCCAGGCCUGACGAGGCUUCGUCCGAAGAGAGGCAACGACUGAUCAACGACUAUGGCGUCAAGAGUAUAAUUGACCUGCGGACCAAAACCGAGCAUAUCGAGCAGGCUCAGAAGCGCAACCUAAGGAUCAAGGCUUCCGCAGUGCUUCCUAAAACCAACGACGCCCUCACCGAGCCCUUGGAGAUUCCAGGCAUCAUCUAUCACAACAUCAACUUCAAUGGCUCGGCAUUUUCACGGAUGCUUCUUUCGCAGCUAUCGUGGUUGGAAUUCUUUAAGCUGAUUGGCCUGAUGAUGCUGGGGUAUCGCAAGGACGCCAUCAAGAUCCUUUCACCUCGCAUGGAAGCAAUGGGGUUCUACCUCAUCGGUCUGGCGCAAAGCUCUUUAGAUGUCUGUACCGGCGAGGUCAGACAGGUCUUCGACGUGCUAUCGGACGAACGGAAUUGGCCUGUUCUGAUUCAUUGCACCCAGGGCAAAGAUCGGACCGGACUGGUAGUCAUGCUGGUCUUGUUUCUGCUUGGAGUUGGCGACGAGAUCAUCGACGACGACUAUCGAUUAUCGGAAUCCGAACUUGCUCCUGAGAAAGAGGAAAGGCUAAAAGAGAUUGCCUCUAUCGGGCUAUCAGAGCGAUUCGCAGUGUGUCCGCCGGACGUCGUGUCUGGUAUACAUGCACAUGUGAAGGACAAGUACACGUCUGUGGAGAAUUACUUGGGAUUCGUCGGAGUAAGCAGUGAUCAGGUGAGCUUCAUCAAGACAAAACUGCUCGCCACUUCGUCAGACUCUCAGAAAUAA